AUGCAACAGCCACUUGAUACCUUUGUCCCUUGCUUCUUGCAUCCAGGCUAUGGGAUAUUCGACUGCCCUUGCUAUUCUCCCACAAGUUCGCCAAAUGUCGCCGACAAUACAUCCCUCAUAUGGCACAGCGAAGAAACACCCAGUUCGGAUUCUGGUAGCCCCCAAACGAUCUUUGGAUCGGAUGAGUCGAUUAGUGGCUUCUGCACUGAUGGUAGUUAACCUCUCCAUAUUCCACGCCCUCCAUCCGAUGGAUUGUGUUCCUGGAGCACUCCUUGUCCCAACAAAAAAGGUCACUUUCUGACACAGCAUAGACGAGGCAUCUUCCCUCAGUUCGGAUGAACGGGCCAUGAAUCUCCGACCUGUAGACGUCACUCAUGGACAUCGUCAGCCCAACGCGACCCAGCAUAGUAACCAAGAGGCCGCGGACGACACUUCAAUUGGUGGAGGAACUGUUACCCCGGUAUACACUCCUCAUUACAACCCUUCAACUAUAUCUCCUAAUGGGUUAGUUUCCUGGGCUACGGUAAACUGGAUUUCUGAAGAUCUUGUGUGCUAAUAGAUUCUAGCACAUCCGAGCUGAUGAGGCAUCAUGCCCCGGAAAGGAGUGGCCCAAGUUCCCCUAUCAUAAUGGUUUCAGCAAGAGUAAAAAAGGCGAUGGGAUCUUGUGAAAAGUAAGUUUUCUCACAUUGCAAGCACUUAUUCCGGAUGGCUAAAUGAGUGAAUAGACAAGCACCUCGAGGGCCCGGUGGAGCUGGACGUGGGGUGACCAAGCACCCAUGCUUAUUGGGAUGCGGAAAGGAAUUUUCUAGAACAACGGACGAGAAGCGCCAUCGUGAGACCUCUUCGGCUCACAGUAGGGGGGAGGUCCAAAAGUACUAUCAGUGUGAUCUAUGCAAAACAAAGUUCAAUCGCCGUGAUAACUUAAAUCAGCAUAAGAAGAGAGGAACAAAGGGGUGUAAACAAGCAGUCGAGGAGAUUGAACAAGCACUCGAGGAGCUUGAACAAGCGGUCAAGGAGCGGGAACGAGCUAAAGAAUGGGAACAGGUUUCUCGCCUCUCGCAGUGGAUUUUGGCAUGUGCGGUCUCCUAG